AGCCGAUUCAGUGCACAACUGCUUCACACCCGUAGUCAAAGGUUCGUCGGCCAGGAGCUCUAUAAAAUAAUCAAGGAUGAAGGUGUUGGUAGCAACAAUCCUGCUGGGCUGUGUAGCCCAGGCUCUGAGCGAAGCCCGGGGAGAGGGAGGCAUCCUGGGGCUCCAGGGCGGAAACUACGGAGGCGGAGGCGGAGGCGGAGGCGGUAGCGGUGGUUCCAGCUACAGCUACCGGAGCUCUGGCAGCAGCGGCGGCAGCAGCGGUGGCGCUGGAUUCGGAGCUGGUCUUGGUGGCGCUGGAUUCGGUGCUUCCCAGGGUGGAGGGCAAAGAGUCAUCGUCAGCAGGACGUCGACAUCUGGCGGUGCUGGUGGUGCUGGUGGCUUUGGUGCUGCCGGUGGCAGCAGCGGUGGCGCUGGAUUCGGAGCUGGUCUUGGUGGCGCUGGAUUCAAAGCUGGUCUUGGUGGCGCUGGACUCGGUGGUGUAGGGCAAAGAGUCAUCGUCACCAGGACAUCGACAUCUGGCGGUGGUGCUGGUGGUGCUGGUGGCUUUGGUGCUGCCGCUGGUAGCAGCGGUGGCGCUGGAUUCGGAGCUGGUGUUGGUGGCGCUGGACUCGGUGGUGGAGGGCAAAGAGUCAUCGUCACCAGGACAUCGACAUCUGGCGGUGCUGCUGGUGGUGCUGGUGGCUUUGGUGCUGCCGGUGGCAGCAGCGGUGGCGCUGGAUUUGGAGCUGGUCUUGGUGGCGCUGGGCUCGGUGGUGGAGGGCAAAGAGUCACCGUCACUAGGACGUCGACAUCUGGCGGUGCUGCUGGUGGUGCCGGUGGUACUGGUGGAUCCGGUGGUUUCCGUGCUACUGGUGGAUCCGGUGGUCUCCGUGCUACUGGUGGAUCCGGUGGUUUCCGUGCUACUGGUGGAUUCGGUGCUCUCCGUGCUACUGGUGGAUCCGGUGGUUUCAGAAGUGGUGGCAGCAGCUUCCCUAGCGGCGGCGGUGUUGGCACCGGUGGCUUCAGGACUUCCGGUAUCAAGAGUAGUCCAUCAUUUGUCAACCUGCCAACUUUUGGUGGCGAUAACACCGUCGACCCCAACAACUUCGCCAACAUCGACGCCAGCGCCUUCGGUUUCGACAACUUCGGCAACACGUACAUCAACGUCGAGGCUUUUGACUUCAACGGAUGGAGGAACACCGCCACGGCCGCCGCUCCCCGUGAGGCAAUCAACGCCGCCCAGACCGAGCAGCUCGUCAUCGGACGUAGAUUCCGUAACGGCUACGCCCGUCAGACGGAGACCAGCGGCGCCUCCAGGGAAGGAAGCGGAAGCGGAACCUCCGGCAUCGAGCUGUCUGCCACCCGCACCGCCAGCCAGGACGCCACCCAGCAGUUCACGCAGCAGGCGAGCGGAGAGGGCAGCACCGAGCAGGGAGCCGGAUACGGAUUCGAGAGGAACAACAACGGAGCGAUCCGCUUCGUUCCCGUCGCCGUGGAUUCCCUGCCUGUCCACUCCGGACCCCGCAAUCAGCUGCCAGCCAGCGCCCGCCGUGUUUAAACAUGGAUGCCUAAACGACACUCUCGUAGCUGAUCCACGGUACUCCACAGCCCCGUGCAGCAGCUGCGGCGUGUGUUUCAACGAGCAAACAGCUCGGACUGAACCGUACAUAAACGAGGGCAACAUAUUAUUUUCGGCUUAGGGCGAAGUACCUCUUUUCUGAGAAAUUUUGGCAAUAAGGAAUCCUAAAAUUGUUAUGAGGACCUUUAAGUAAGAUUUUAACCGGGCUAAGCGAACGCCCGAGUAUAUUACGAGCAACUGACGAACUUUCAACUACCCGUGUUAAGCAAUUGUGACCAUGAGAGACCAUCAUAUUGUAAAUACUAACAAUUUUAGAAAUAAAUAUGCAUUUAAAAACA